AUGCCUUUCAUUGAUGCCACCAACUACCCGGUGGAUCUCCCUCAGGCCGACUUUCAUAUCAAUGCAGACAAUGAAGAAGAUUAUCGCCUUCCGCACACCGUAGACAGUGACCUCCUGAGCUGGAAGGAGACCAACCCGGAUACCGGCGCAGUCACCUGGUGGAUGCGUACCAACGCCAGGCACUCCCUCGCGCACUUGACUGCAGAUGCCCGCGCCAAUGCGAUCAGUGUUGGCAAGGACCGGCAGAUCCGUGAUCUGCAGCAGACGGUGGUCAACCAGCAGGCCCAGCUCAACGCCCCGCCGCAGCCAAUCAUCAUUCAGCAAGCGCCAGGUCCGCAGCGCUCGCACAUCCGCGUCCACGCUCCGCGCACCUUCUCGGGCGUCUCCAAUGACAAAGGCGUCUAUGACCCCACGCCGCGCGACUUUGUCCAGAACGUGCGGAACUACCUCGUCGCCGAAGAGGAAGCCGCUAGCAACCCGCUCACCGACCACAACAAGAUUGUUCUGGUCUCCACACUUCUUGACCAGUCCACCGCUAUGUGGUGUGAGCAGAUCAUGGCUGACUAUGCAGAGUAUCGGCAAAUGGCGGGUCAAGCCCAGCAGCAGGGACAACCAGUACCGGCUUAUACUGGCUGGCUUUUCGAUCUUGACACGGUCCUGCGCACUUUUCUCCAGCAGUUCGAGGACGUUGACAUCCAGAAAACAGCCAUCACCAAGAUCCUGUCUAUGCAACAAGGCGUGCAGUCUGCAGAGGUGCACACGCAUCUGUUCAAGGACUGGGCCGGCCACAUGGGCUUCAACGACACCGCACUCAUUGAGCUCUACAAGAGGAGCCUAAAGCCUGCCAUCUGUGACAAGAUCAAUGGUCAGGGCAAGCAUCACCCAGACACACUCCAAGGCUGGUACGAGGAUACCGUCCUAUUUGACAGGCAGUAG